AUGGCGCACCCCCUCGGCAUGGACUUUCCGACAAGGAAGGACGACGUGGAGGAGUUUAUGGCACGUACAUCCGCCAUGCUCCACACACAUGAAAGACAGAUCGCGACGCAACAUGAGGUGAUCCGCGAGCUUCAGGCGCGCGUGGCCGAGCUCCAGGGCUCUGAGGUCAAGGACUUCCAGCAACUGGAUGCACCGAGCAAUGUCCCAGAGGGCCCGACGAUCAUUGCCAUGAGCGGAGCUGUUACUGUUGAGCAGGAGAAUGACAAGGCAGUAUUGAGAGCCCAGACCCUCGCCUCCGCGGAGCCGCCGCCUGCUUCCUACGAGCUUGAGCAAUCCAUGUGGGAUGCCGCCGUGUUGCUGUUCUGUCACCGGACUGCGUGGACCGACAAAGUGAUCCUGCUCAUAGGAAUGAUCGUCAACAGUGGCUUGCAAAUUGCGCUCCUCCUCACGGUCUAUUUCGACAUGCUUCAAAACCCCUACUCUUCUACGAAGGUGCACGAGAUGGUCCAGUGGCGCGCCUUAAAGGGUCACAGUUACGACGAGUUCGACUCAGACACUGGGUACUCCGUGAUCAACCGCCUUUGUUUGCACAAGCUGUGGUCCUUCGAGCAAGAAGAGUACAAGGAGAUGUUCGAGUAUCUCUACAUGCCAAUGCCGGGGUGGACACUUAGUGUUCUGGCCAUCAUCAUGUGGGUCCUGACCAUGAUGGCUGAGUAUCGACGCUGCUGCGAGCAAGGAUUGGCCCUAUGGCACCUGCCGAAACUGAGAAGAGGCGACCCUGCCGUGCUGAUUACGGAAGAUGGUGAACAAGAUGAGAUUCUCGGAAUCUACCCGGUUCUUCGCUUCUUGGCUUUUACCACACUGAUCAUACCGCGGCUGUUCGUCACCGUUUGUCUCUGCCUUGUUGGCUGCCAAUACCUGGCGCAGACGGCUUCCUUGCACGACAUCGUGCUCAAUGCCGUGGCGCUGGCUUUUGUCUUGGAUGUUGACGAGUUGCUCGCGCAGGUACUCUUUACAGAAAGAAUACGCAUGACGCUGCCAAGGAUCAAGCCCUUGGCCUGCGGUGACAAUAAGCUCGUUCUGGGCUUUCCAGUUAAAGAUCUGCUUCGCUACAUCCUCACCCUUGGCUUCGUACUCGGAGCGGUUAUCGGCUUCCUGAUCCCUUUCAGCGCCAAUGUGCAGGCGGCCGCACUGGCACUCUGUGGCGGGGUCCACGAUUUCAGCUUCUCCGGAGGCCAUGCCGACUCCCCCCCGGUCGUUUUGCAGCCGAAAUACACUGCCAUGGACGAAUGGACGCCAUCUUGCACUGCACCAGGGGACGACUACGACAGCUACCUUCGCGACUACUACGGCUUUGGCGUGAAUGAGAGCGUGGCGAGCGUACACAACGCCAGCUUCAAGGAUUCCAUCGACUACACUGCCAUCAAGAGCCGCUAUGUCUUGACCUAUGCCCUCACGGAUCCUACGUGCCCCAGUGGACAGAUCCGCGAGCCCUACAAGAGCAAGACCGCCGCCGACAAUGAGACCAGGUCUUGCAUUGCCAUUCCCCAAGCGCUGACUGAAAACCUGCCCGCAAAUGUGGGCGUCGGCACGAUAUUUCCAUCUUGUCCUCGAUUCAAUGCCUCAGACAAGUGCAAAAGUCCGUCGACACCAGAUGCGUGCAUCUGGUCGUGGCGCUCCAUCAAGUGCGAACAGUACCAAGCUUCACCACCCGGACAUGUCUUUGCGCGG